GCCAGCAGGGGGCGCGCCGGAGCGGCUGGUACACUGACACCCCGCGGACUCGCAGACCCAGAAAGCCUCCGUGGUAUUGAACCGUCCGGUCGUUUGCGGUUUACCGUUAGAAACCAGCUCGGUCUCCAUGGCAACGGGCCGGCCGGUGGACGUGUAUUUGGACCUCCUGUCGCAGCCCUGCCGGGCGGUGCUCAUCCUGCUGGGCUGCGCUAAAAUCCCGCACAGAGUCCGCACCGUGGCUCUGAGGAAAGGAGAGAACAAGACUUCAGACUUCACCAAGUUGAACCCAAUGCAGAAGGUUCCCGUCAUGGUGGAUAACGGCUUCGUCCUCACAGAGAGUGAUGCCAUCCUGAAGUACCUGGCCACCAACUAUGACGUCCCAGAGCACUGGUAUCCAAGGCAACCACAGAUGCGGGCCAGAGUGGACGAAUACACAGCCUGGCAUCACAGCAACACACGACCACACGCUGCUAAAGUCUUUAUGCUGGAGGUGCUCCUCCCGGCUCUGUCCGCCUCUCAGGUGGAUGAGGCGCGUUUGAUUCGUGCUCUCUCUCAGCUCGAGGACACGCUGGACAAACUGGAGUCCAUGUUUCUUCGCAGACAGCCGUUCCUCUGUGGUGAUGACAUCACUGUGGCCGACCUGUUAGCCGUCUGUGAGCUCAUGCAGCCUGUGGGAGGAGGCAGGGACGUCCUGCGGGACCGUCCUCAGCUGCAGAGGUGGAAGAGCAGAGUUCAGUCAGCCGUCGGCGACGCCUUCGACCAAGCUCACGCCGUCCUGUACGCCCUGAGAGACCGCCGCAAAGCCAAGCUGUGACAUCAUCACAUGACUGCCCGCAGGAGUGAUGUCACACGGAGGGGCGGGGACAAGAGCCGGCAGCCAGCAGCCAGACCGAGGGAGGAGCCCUUCGUCCUCAUCAUCAUCAUCAUCAUCAUCAUCAUCAUCAUGGCCGGAGGUUCUCAUAUGACAACACUGAGGAAGAUGAUGAUGAGCAUGAUGAUGAAGAUGAUGACAGGUGUGUGAUUGCGUCAGACUUACAUGUGUUGGGUGUUGCUGGUCCCCGUGGUCCUGUGGAGUUACGUCUGUUUUAUUAAACUGAAGUGAUGCCUGAA